AUGAGCAGAAGGUGGAUACAUAACCCGAAUAGAUGCACAGACAAAUACUUGGAUGAAAUUGGGGAUUUUAUUGAGCUUGCACCUAGACACAACCCGAGUGCAACUAGAAUUCGUUGUCCUUAUAGGAGGUGUAAUAACACGUUGUGGGAGACAAUUGAAAAUGUUGGAUUUCAUUUAGUAAGGAAUGGAAUGAUUGAGACAUAUAGCAUUUGGAACCUUAACGGGGAACAAUUAGACCAUGCUUCGUCUUCAAAUGCCAUAACAGUGGACAAUGUUGAACUUAUUGAAGGGGAAGAUGAUGUACCUACACCAAUAGACAGUGCGGAGUUUGAACAAUAUGAAAAACUGUUAAAAAAUGCCAACCAAGAGUUAUACCCGAGGUGCGAGAGCUUUUCCGUUCUCACAGCCAUUGUGGAGCUAAUGCACGGGAAAAUAAAGUAUCGUAUGUCGAACCUGUGUUUCGAUUACUUUUUGGGGGUUUUCAAGAGAAUGCUUCCGACGGACAAUUGUUUAUCGAAAGACCAUAAACACGCGCAGAAGGUGUUGAAUGGUCUUGGCUUGGGUUAUGAAAAUAUUCACGCUUGCAAAAACAAUUGCAUGUUAUUCUACAAAGAGCAUGAAACAUUGGAUACAUGCCCUAUAUGCAAUGGGUCGAGGUACAAAAUGACAUCUCAUAAUAGAAUGACUAAGAUUUCUCAAAAAGUCAUGCGUUAUCUGCCCCUAAAACCUAGGUUGCAGCGAUUGUAUAUGUCAACGCAUACUGCCAUAGACAUGAGAUGGCAUAAGGAAAAACGGGUGAACGAUGAUGUGAUGAUCCUGCAGAUGGGGAGGCAUGGAAAGAGUUCGAUCGAACGUUCCCCGAGUUUGCUGCUAAUCCCCGAAAUGUUAGAUUGA